AUGGAGUAUAGAUUGUGUUUCAUUGAUGACAAAUUCUUGGGGAGCAGCUUUACCCACUUGUGGAGAAGCAUGAGCCAGUUGAUGUGGCUAAAGUUACAGAUUCUUGGGGAGCAGCUUUACCCACUUGUGGAGAAGCAUGAGCCAGUUCAUGUUGCUAAAGUUACAGGGAUGCUGCUAGAGAUGGACGAAGCUGAGAUCAUGCACCUUCUUGAGUCACCUGAAGCUCUUAAUAUAGAUUGCGCAGUGUUGCUUAAAAUUAUAGUUUCUCAUAUAAGGUUUUGUUACUAA